GGCCCGUCUUCUCCGAGGCGUUUGGGAGAACGGUGUCGCUCAUCUUAUGACGCGAAACCAACCACGACUGUAAGGAACGGGAGACGGAAAGGGCUGAAGAACGCAGUCACUGGCCCUGUAUUUGGGAAUUGAACGGAUUCCAGGAAUGGAAACAGAAAGUGGAAAUCCAGAAAAGGCAAUGGAAGAGGAAAGCACUGACAAGAAAAAAGAAGUAGAAAAAAAGAAACGGUCUCGAGUUAAACAGGUGCUUGCAGAUAUUGCUAAGCAAGUGGACUUCUGGUUUGGAGAUGCAAAUCUUCACAAGGAUAGAUUUCUCCGAGAGCAUAUAGAAAAAUCUAGAGAUGGAUAUGUUGAUAUAUCACUUCUCGUGUCUUUUAACAAAAUGAAAAAAUUGACCACUGAUGGAAAGCUAAUUGCCAGAGCACUGAAGAGCUCAGCUGUUGUAGAGCUGGAUUUAGAAGGCACGAGAAUCAGAAGAAAAAAGCCUCUGGGUGAAAGACCAAAGGAUGAGGAUGAGCGGACAGUGUACGUGGAAUUACUUCCCAAAAAUGUUAAUCACAGCUGGAUUGAAAGAGUAUUUGGGAAAUGUGGCAAUGUUGUUUAUAUAAGCAUACCACAUUAUAAAUCUACUGGAGAUCCAAAGGGAUUUGCCUUUGUAGAAUUUGAAACCAAAGAACAAGCAGCAAAAGCUAUUGAGUUUCUUAACAACCCGCCAGAAGAAGCACCUAGAAAGCCUGGUAUAUUUCCUAAGACAGUGAAAAAUAAGCCCAUUCCUGCCCUUGGAGUACCAGAAGAGAAGAAAAAGAAGAAGAAGAAGAAAGGCAGAAUGAAAAAGGACAAUAUCCAGAAAGAGUCUAGUGUAGACACAAGCAAGGAGAGCGUCUGCAAAAUGAAGAGAUCCAGGAUCACAUCCGAGGGCUCUGAAGCAGAGAUAACUGAACCCCAAAAGCCACCUUCAAAGAAAAAGAAAAAACGGGAAAAAGCUGAAGUAUCCAGCUUACCCUUAGUCAGAACAGGGAAGAGAAAGAGAAGUAGUUCUGGAGAUGCAGAAUACUUAACUCCCAGAUCUAAAGUGAAGAAAAUGGGUCAGAAAAACAUUAAAAAAGAAGCUUCAGAAGUCUCCAAAGAAAACAAAGAUUUAGAAGUCUCUACUGAGGAGGAAAAGGAUACCGGAGAUAUGAAAGACGGAUCACUCUUAAAGGCAAAAAGGAAACAUAAGAAAAAACACAAGGAGAGGCAUAAAAUGGGAGAAGAGGUCAUACCAUUAAGAGUACUAUCAAAGAGUGAAUGGAUAGAUUUGAAAAAAGAGUAUUUAGCACUGCAAAAAGCCAGCAUGGCUUCCUUAAAAAAAACAAUAUCCCAAAUAAAAUCAGAGUCGGAAAUGGAAACAGACCAUGGAGUACCUAAUAAGUCUGGAAUGAAAAAUGAGAAAGCAGCAAACAGUGAAGAGUGUUGUCCCCAGGAGAAGGUUAAUACAGCAGGACCACAGUUUGUGAGUGGUGUGAUUGUGAAGAUAAUCAGCACCGAGCCUCUACCUGGCAGAAAACAAGUCAGGGAUACUUUGGCAGCUAUCUCAGAAGUUGUUUAUGUUGAUUUGCUAGAAGGAGAUACAGAAUGCCAUGCUAGAUUUAAAACUCCUGAAGAUGCUCAAGCAGUAAUAAAUGCAUAUAUGGAAAUUAAAAAGAAACACUGCUGGAAACUCGAGAUCCUUUCUGGUGAUCAUGAACAGAGAUACUGGCAAAAGAUUCUGGUAGAUAGGCAGGCCAAACUUAAUCAGCCUCGUGAAAAGAAAAGAGGCACUGAGAAGUUAAUCACCAAAGCUGAAAAGAUUAGACUUGCAAAGACUCAACAAGCAAGUAAACACAUUAGAUUUUCUGAAUAUGACUGAAAAAACUUUUGGUUCACCUCUUAAAAUUUCACUGGACUUGAGCUGAUCUUACAAAAUCCAUUUUUAUUAUGGCAGUAAUGCAUAAUGAAUGUUUUUCUAAAACCUAUAUUCAAUUAAAAGAAAUAUCUUUGUUCCUUAACUCAUAUAUAAGACCUUUUUCUAUAGACAAGUACAUUGUAUACUAUCACUUUUCACUGAACAUUUUAUUUGUUGAAAUUUAUCUUACAGAAAGCAACCUCAAAGUGACAGUAAAUAAAAGCAUUUUGAACAUUUUCAUUAAUUUUGUUUUUAAUGCUACAAAGACAAUAUAUUUUCAAAUACAAUACUACAUAAAUAUAUAGUUUAGAAAAAAUGUUUAACAGUGGACUCUCACUGUACUUAUUUGUGGCUUUUUCUAUUCCAAGUAUCUUGAGUAUCGCUUUGUUAAUUUAUGCAGAGGCAUGUGUGUGAUGUUUGUUGUGCUUUACCUAUCUGAGCUUCCUUUGAGCACACAUAAGAACUGUUUCCAAUUGAAAUUUGUUAAAAUUUUUAAGUACUGAGUUUGUUUUUCAUAAAUGAAGUUAACUAAAUAAAUGAAGUCAACCAAAUAAAUGAAGUCUAACCAAAAUAAAAUGUACCAGAUGCUGUGAAUAUGGAAAAAAAAAAAUCUAGGAAUCAGCCUCAGGCAUAACUGAGGUCUAUGAUUUUAUUCAGAAAAAUCACAGACUGGAGCAUUUAAGGCCUUCACAGAACUGAAUCUACUGGGUCUAUGUAUGACUGGCUUCUUAGUGUCUUAUUAGAAUAUCAAGAAAGUACUCUGAACAGGGACACCAUGGGAUUCAUUUCCUAGGGCUACAAACCGAUUCCUAGUUCCAUCAGUUUUGUACGGAAGUGGGGGACCUAAUUUGGCUGCUCUUUCUGUGCUUUGUGGAAAGCCUACAAUCAGGAAUCUAUUCACUUCUUUGGGCCAGAGAUUUUGGAAGAUUGGCUACCUUACUAGCUGGGUGACAACAGCUUAUUACUACCAAAAAUAGGUAUCCUGGCAAAUUGCCACUGACACACUCAUUUUUCUCCAUGAAGAAAAGCUAGCAUAUAUACUCUUGGAGGAAAAGAUCUGUGAAUAGUUGCUGAGGUCUUUUAUGAAGAUUAUGACUAAAUAUACUCCAGUUGAUCCCAAGUAAUCAAAAGCAGAUGUAUAUUUCAAGAAUUGAGUUGAUCUCAGUGAGUACUGUCUUAAGGUGACUUUGAAGAAGUUACCAAGUAAGAUUUCAGAAAUUCUCCCCUUGGCAGUUACUAAACAAGAUAAGCACACACUCAAGUAUCUUUGAACACUGUUGUAGCACUUGGGAGAUAUUAGUGAAGCAAAUCGAAGAUCUCACUUUUGUGGAGCUUACGUUCCAGCAAUAGAUAGAGACAAUAAACAAAAAUAAGUGAAAAUUACAGUUUGUUAAAUAAAGUCCAUAGGAUAAAUCAAAAUAAAGGAGAAACCCCAUUAGUUCAUUCCUUCAUUUAUUCUUCAUUUAAUUAAAGGGAUAUUUAUUUAGCCCAUGGCAGAUAUCAGAUACUGAUACCAAAGACAUUAAAGAUAAAAAGAAAAGAUAAAGUCCCCUAUCCUUGAAGAAUUUAUAGCCUUGGGAAAGACAAGUCAACAUAUAAUUGCUGUACAAUGUAAGUGAUGUAACAAGUUACUCCAGAUUAUACUGGAUGCUGUCCUCAAAGCAAAAUCAAUUCCACAUGACCUUCCAAGGUUUCUGAACCUUUGAUCUUUUGGGUAAGUGUAUCCCUUAUCCAACACUUAGCACAUAGUAAUUGCUUAAUAUUUGUUUUAAUUGAGUGAAAUUGAAUGUGUACUUCAGGAUGUUCCCCAAGGACAUGUUAUGAUUUAAUCCCAUAAAGGAUAUUUUUCAAAUUGCUCAUUCAGUAGUCACAUUACUUUUUUAAAAGGGCCUACUACAUACUGGUCUUUGUACAUGUCAGUGGGAUUUGCUUACUUAACUCUAAAACUAAUUUUAUUUAAGCACCUUGCAAGAAGAGCUCAGAACUACUUUCAUAAAGAGAACCAUAUUGGCUCUUUUCUGUUACAUGUUAGUUGUGUCAUCUCAGUGAAGUAGGUACCCUUAUUAUCACUACUUUAAAAAGAAGGCACUGAAGCACUUGCCAAAGGUCAUCAUAAUAGCUAACUAGUCUGGGAUUUAAACUCAAUUUCUCUAAAUCUGAAGACCACACAUUUAACAACUAUGAUAACCUUCAUCUCUACCACCCUCUAUCCCUACCUGCUUGCCUCCCUUCUUUCCUACCAGUGUUUUGCAUCUCAGAGUACUGUAAGCUAUGCAUCUAUUGCACUUGUCUGCUCUUUUUUGCUACUAAAAGCAAUGCCAGUGAACAUGACAUCCACCUUUACUGUGUGUGAAUGAGUCUGCAGGAUAGAUUUCUGACUGGAAUUGCUGGGGCAAAGAUACAUUUUAUUUAGUGUCCAAAAUAGUCCAAAAAUGCUGUACAAGUUUAAGGGUACAUUUUAGCUUUUUUGUGUGUGUAUUAAAUUCAUUAAUACAGGAGCUAAUCAGUCUUUUUCAUUUCUACUGAUCUUUGAGAGGUGAAAGUAUCUCAUUGCUGCCUUCAUGUGAAUCUCCCUAAUUAAAAGAUUGAGUACUUUCACAGGCUUGUUAAAUAUUUGUAUGUCCUCAGUGAAUUUUCUAAGUUUUUUAAAGGCUAGAGAUUUUUUUUAAUGGUCAGUAUGCAGGAGAACUUUUCAUACUAUUAACAUAUACCUGUAAAUAUAUUUUCCCACAUUGGACCACUUGGCUUUCAGGUUACUUUAUUGUACAGUUAUUGUAUAGAUAUUUUAUAUUUUUACAGAGCCAUAUCUUCUAAUCUGCUUUUAAAAUAAAUUUUUUUCCCAGUCUGGGAAUUAUGAUUCUAGUCUGUCUGUACUUCAUUUCUUAUUUUCUAAUGUCCAGAAGACUGGGUAGAAGCAAGGCUCUUUCUUGAGUUAGUGUGAGUAUGUUUGUUCUUUGCAGCCUUAAAGCAAUACUUUCUUUGAAAAAUAAAUCACAUUUUAUUUCUUAAAUGCCUUGAGAAGUUUGUAAUAUAAAAGAGCAGUUGGAAUGAAAAACUAGGAAGGAGUCACACUAGGAAAGAGUAAACACUAUCACUUGUACUUAUUCCCCACCUAUAUAGUUAGCAGAGAUCAUGAAGUUUUAUAACUGCAGCCUUAUUGAAGAUCUCAGUAAGCAGCCUUUUUCUUUUGUGAAUGCUCAUUACUUGAUAAAAAUGUGUUUAAAAUAUAACCCUUAACACAUUUCAGUUGUUUUGAAAUGAAUAAAACAAUCUGACAGUAAUGACUUCAUUACAAAUGUAUAGAGAAAGAAAUUACUAUGUUUUCAUGGGGAGACGAUAAGAUGCAUGUGUAGAAAAAAAAGCCAGUUUCUUUUGUGUCCAUAAGAGUAAGCCAAGCAUACAACAGCAUGCAAAUUUAUAGAACAAUAUUACAGUUAGGUUUUUCAUUAAUUUCAUUCUUGGAGUUACCUUUAGGGAUUGAUGUAGGAGCAAACGGGUACUUCUUUAGAAUGAUGAAAUCCCAAAGAUUAUAUAACUUUUUUCUCUAAAAAUGUCAUUAAUUUAUAAUUACUUAAAGCUGCACUGCCCAAUACACAUGAGGCUAUUAAAACACGUGAAAUGUGUCUAGUCUGAAUUGAAAUGUAAGUAUAGAAUACAUACCAAUUUUUUGAAGACUUGGUAAAAUAAUGUCAUUAAUAGUCUUCAUAUGGGAAACAUUGUAAUUUUUUUGUUGAUUGUAUUAAAGUAUAUUACUAAAAUUAACUUUACCUGUUUAUUUUUACUUUUUUUAAUGUGGCUACUAGAAAAUUUUAACUGACUUAAUGUGGCACUCACUGCAUUUCAGUUGGAUAGUGCUGUCAUGGAGGAGCCAGAGUGCAGCCAGAAUCAGUGGCAGCGUUUAUGGUAAUAGCUUACACUGGCUCACUGGUAUUGAAGAAUCAAAGUAUAAACACUUCUGUCUUUACAAAAGGUUUAGCUGAUGCCAGAAAAAGAAAAAGCAAUUUUAUGUCUUGAAUCUGUUUGAUAAGCUUUGUUCUCUUGUAUGGAAUAGAUCUGCAUUUGUAUUUCCAUAAGUCUCUAGUGGUAUGACUAAAUAAAAGUUGUCAAGAUUUAA